CCUCAUAUCUAAGGGAAGUGUCUCCAAGCCUUCUUGCCUGCUUAGCAGAGUCCUGAGAACACCCAGGAGGGCGGCAGAUCAAAUGUGACCCUGCCCACAGACAUUUUCGGGGAUCCCAUAUGCUAAGCUGGUGCCUGCUGCAAAAAGUGACAUGGAGGGAGUCCUGAGCCAGCCCAGCCUGGCUGGGGCUUGAGGUGCCCCUCAGAUCAAGAUGAGGAGCGAUUCAGAGUAGCUGCUGCCCCUGGGAGGAUCCCUGGUGUCCUGGCAGCCCAGGGGGUGAGUCAGGAGGUCUGGACAGGGCCCUGCUGGCUGGCCUCUGCUGGCAGGAACCAUGGCAGAGUCUGGGGAUGCAGUACUGUCAGUGGCUGAGUGGUUGCGGGCCCUCCACCUGGAGCAGUACACUGGGCUCUUCGAGCAGCAUGGACUGGUGUGGGCCACAGAGUGCCAAGGCCUCAGUGAUGCCCGCCUGGUGGACAUGGGCAUGCUACUCCCUGGCCACCGCCGCCGCAUCCUGGCUGGCCUGCUCCGCGCCCACACGCCCCCAACCCCUGCACCCCGCCCUACCCCACGGCCCGUGCCCAUGAAGCGUCAUGUCUUCCGCUCACCGCCUAUGCCUGCCACUCCACCAGAGCCACUGCCCUCUGCUGGCAAGGAUGGGGGCCUACCCACUGCACCCCCCAUCCCACCCCGGAGGAGUUGCCUUCCACCUGCCUGCUUCUCUGCCCCAUCCGCAGCAGCCCCAGACCCUGUGCUGCCCCCGCUGCCUGCCAAGCGGCAUCUGGCAGAGGUCAAUGUUCCGCCUGUGCCUCCCCGCACGGGGCCCCCCCGCCUGCUGCUGAGCCUUCCCUCCAAGGAGGAGUUACUGUCAUCACCACUGUCAUCCCCUCCCCAGCCAGAGCCUGAGGAGCCCCCGGCCAUCCUCCCCCGGGUGCCUCCACAGCCCCCGUCUCCACCUCCCAGCCCCCCGGAGAUCCCCCCGAAGCCUCUUCGCCUGCCCCCGGAGUUCGAUGACUCUGACUAUGAUGAGCCUCCAGAGGAGGGGCCAGGGGCCCCAGCUGCCGUGAUGACUAAGAAGGAGGAGCUCCCAGUGAGCCAAGUCCCACGUGCCGUGCGUGUGGCCAGUCUGCUGAGCGAGGGCGAAGAACUGUCUGGGGACGACGACCAAGCGGAUGAAGAUGAGGAUGACCACGCCUAUGAGGGCGUCCCCAAUGGUGGAUGGCACACCAGCAGCCUGAGCUCAUCCCUGCCCAGCAGCGUCCUGAUUUCCGAGCUCCCAUCACACCCCAUGGACGGGCUCCCUGGGGGUUCCACCCCCCUCACACGGGUCAUCAAGGCCGGCUGGCUAGACAAGAACCCACCGCAGGGAUCUUACAUCUAUCAGAAACGAUGGGUGAGACUGGAUGCCGAUCAUCUGAGAUACUUUGACAGUAACAAGGACGCCUACUCUAAGCGCUUUAUCUCUGUGGCCUGCAUCUCCCGUGUGGCUGCCAUCGGGGACCAGAAGUUUGAAGUGAUUACAAACAACCGGACCUUUGCCUUCCGGGCAGAGAGUGAUGCGGAGCGGAAGGAGUGGAUGCAGGCCCUGCAGCAGGCGGUGGCUGAGCAGUAUGCCCGGGCCCGGCUGUCUAGCAUUUAUCCUUUGGGUAUUCGAGGCUCAGAGCCACCUGACCGUGCUGGCAGCCUGGAGCUACGUGGUUUCAAGAAUAAACUGUAUGUGGCCGUGGUUGGGGACAAAGUGCAGCUGUACAAGAAUCUGGAGGAGUACCACCUGGGCAUCGGCAUCACCUUCAUUGACAUGAGCGUAGGCAACGUGAAGGAAGCAGACCGGCGCAGUUUCGACCUCACCACCCCCUACCGCAUCUUCAGCUUCUCGGCCGAAUCGGAGCUAGAGAAGGAGCAGUGGCUGGAGGCCAUGCAGGGAGCCAUUGCCGAGGCCCUGUCUACCUCGGAGGUGGCCGAGCGCAUCUGGGCCGUGACCCCCAACAGGUUCUGUGCCGACUGCGGGGCUGCCCAGCCUGACUGGGCCUCCAUCAACCUCUGUGUCGUCAUCUGCAAGCGCUGUGCAGGGGAGCACCGUGGCCUAGGCGCUGGGGUCUCCAAGGUGCGGAGCCUGAAGAUGGACAGGAAGGUGUGGACGGAAACACUCAUUGAGCUCUUCUUACAGCUGGGCAAUGGCCCUGGGAACCACUUCUGGGCAGCCAAUGUGCCCCCCAGUGAGGCUCUGCAGCCCAGCAGCAGCCCCAGUGCUCGGCGGCGCCACCUGGAGGCCAAAUACCGUGAGGGCAAGUACCGCCGCUACCACCCACUCUUUGGCAACCAGGAGGAACUGGACAAGGCUCUGUGUGCUGCAGUCACUACCACAGACCUGGCUGAGACCCAAGCUCUCCUGGGCUGUGGGGCUGGGGUCAACUGCUUCUCAGGGGACCCCGAGGCUCCCACGCCCCUGGCUCUGGCCGAGCAGGCGGGGCAGGCACUACAGAUGGAAUUCCUUCGGAACAACCGGACCACGGAGGUGCCUCGUCUGGAUUCAGCGAAGCCCCUGGAAAAGCACUACUCGGUUGUCUUGCCGACUGUGAGUCACAGUGGCUUCCUCUACAAGACCGCCUCUGCCGGCAAGCUGCUGCAGGACCGCCGUGCUCGGGAAGAGUUCAGCCGACGCUGGUGUGUCCUUAGCGACGGGGUCCUGAGCUACUAUGAGAAUGAGCGAGCAGUGACCCCCAAUGGUGAGAUUCGGGCCAGUGAGAUUGUGUGCUUGGCAGUGCUCCCUCCUGACACCCAUGGCUUUGAGCACACCUUUGAGGUGUACACGGAGGGAGAGCGGCUGUACCUGUUUGGUCUGGAGAGUGCAGAGCUGGCUCGUGAGUGGGUCAAGUGCAUUGCUAAGGCAUUCAUACCUCCCCUGGCUGAAGAUCUGCUGGCCCGGGAUUUUGAGCGGCUUGGGCGCCUACCCUACAAAGCUGGCCUGAGCCUACAGCGGGCCCAGGAGGGCUGGUUCUCCCUCACUGGCUCCGAGCUCCGUGCUGUCUUCCCAGAGGGGCCCUGUGAGGAGCCACUACAACUUCGGAAACUGCAGGAGCUUUCUGUCCAGGGGGAGAGCGAGAACCAGGUGCUGGUGCUGGUGGAGCGAAGGAGGACGCUGUACAUCCAGGGGGAGCGGCGGCUGGAUUUCACAAGCUGGCUGGGGGCCAUCCAGAAAGCAGCGGCCAGCUCCGGGGAUACGUUGUCAGAGCAGCAGCUCGGAGACUCAGAUAUCCCAGUGAUUGUUUACCGCUGUAUAGACUACAUCACGCAAUGUGGCCUGACUUCCGAGGGCAUCUACCGCAAGUGUGGGCAGACGUCAAAGACUCAGCGGGUGCUGGAGAGUCUGCGGCAGGACGCUCGGUCCGUGCGCCUCAAGGAGGGCGAGCAGCAUGUGGACGAUGUCUCCUCAGCACUCAAGCGCUUCCUGCGAGACCUGCCUGAUGGGCUCUUCACUCGCGCCCAGCGCCUGGCCUGGCUGGAGGCCUCAGAGAUUGAGGACGAGGAGGAGAAGGUCUCCAGGUACCAAGAGCUCCUGGCACGUCUGCCUCCAGUCAACCGAGCCACAGUGAAGGCCCUUAUCAGCCACCUGUACUGCGUCCAGUGCUUCUCAGACACAAACCAGAUGAACACACACAACCUGGCCAUUGUGUUCGGACCCACGCUCUUCCAGACAGAUGGGCAGGACUACAAGGCUGGCCGUGUAGUAGAAGACCUCAUCGGCCACUACGUGGCGGUGUUUAGCGUGGAUGAGGAAGAGCUGAGGAAGCAGCGGGAGGAGAUCACUGCCAUUGUGAAGAUGCGUGUGGCUGGCACUGCCAGUGGGACCCAGCAUGCCGGUGACUUCAUCUGCACAGUAUACCUGGAGGAGAAGAAGGCGGAAACUGAACAGCACAUCAAGAUCCCAGCAUCCAUGACAGCUGAGGAGCUCACCCUGGAGAUCCUGGAUCGCAGGAAUGUGGGCAUCAGAGAGAGGGACUACUGGACCUGCUUUGAGGUCAAUGAGAGGGAAGAGGCAGAGCGCCCCCUGCACUUUGCGGAGAAGGUGCUGCCCAUCCUGCACGGGCUGGGCAUGGACAGCUACCUGGUGGUGAAGAAGCACCAGUCCAUGGAGGCCAUGCUGCUGUACCUGGCCAGCCAUGUGGGCGACACCAAGCAUGGCAUGAUGAAGUUCCGGGAGGACCGCAGCCUCCUGGGCCUGGGCCUGCCCUCAGGUGGCUUUCACGAUCGAUACUUCAUCCUCAAUAGCAGCUGCCUGCGGCUUUACAAGGAGAUCCGGAGCCAGAGGCCGUGGAGCGGGGCCCCUGAGACCAGUCACCGGCCUGAGAAGGAGUGGCCCGUCAGGAGUCUCAAAGUCUAUCUGGGAGUGAAGAAGAAACUCCGGCCACCUACCUGCUGGGGCUUCACGGUGGUACACGAGACGGAAAAACAUGAGAAGCAGCAGUGGUACCUCUGCUGUGAGACACAGAUGGAGCUCCGGGAGUGGUUUGCCACCUUUCUCUUUGUGCAGCACGGCGGCCUGGUGUGGCCCUCGGAGCCCUCCCGUGUAUCCCGGGCAGUGCCUGAGGUCCGGCUGGGCAGUGUUUCGUUGAUCCCUCUGCGCGGCAGUGAGAACGAAAUGCGAAGGAGCGUGGCCGCCUUCACCGCGGACCCCCUUUCUCUCACAGGAGCCCCCUCUCUGCCUGGCCCUGGGGACUCCGGCUGACCGAGCACUCCCCGGCCAGCACUACAGAACAGCUACAGAAGCUUCAGCAGGGCCGCCGGCCCCUGCGCACCUGCACAAGGUGCUGAUGGAAUCUGGGCUUCUGUGCCUUCCCACAGCUCCUCCGCAACGUCUGAGUGCAGAAGCCAGCCCCUGGCUCUGAGACUGUCGCCGUGAAGCCUUCCUGUUCAGACACCCUCGUGCCCUGCGUGCCUGCUGUGAACCAGCAGGGGGUGCAUGAGGAAGCUGUACCCCACAUCCGGACUGCAGCUUGGGGUUCCCUGGCCAGGAAGUGGGGGGCAGCAGGGUCUGCCUGAGGAGGAACCUCUUGUCUGCUGUCUGGGUGCUCAGCAUACUGGCUGGCCUCCCCUCUCCAGGGUCACCCACCCUGAGUCUGAGGGGUUGGAGAGAUGGGAUGGGCAUCAAUCAGAAACUCUGGAGGAACACCAUCCUUGCAGAGGCUCAAAGCCCUGGGUCCCCGCUGGAAGGGAGCCCACCCUCUUGUCACAAACCCCAGAACAGCCAGAAGUGGAUGCUCUAAGGGAACACUCAGCUGGGAUGGGGAGGGAGCUCUUGGGUAAGUUUCUCUGUAGCCUAGAGCUGGGCCUGGGGGACUUUAGGAGCUCCCUCUGGUCUAGGCUGACUGGGAGGGCCCAGGCUGCCUGGUGCCCCUUCCCCACUUUGGGGGCCUUUUGAUAAUAUAAAUAUAUCUGUAUAUUUUA